AUGGUGAAGCCCUAUCACUUGGUGAAACCUGUAUCAGUGACCCUGGCCUCUGGCAGAAACCUGAGCCAGCAGAUGGGACUGCCCAGGCAGCCUAUCCCUGAUCUGCAGCAGACCUGUAACCGCUACCUCAGCUUCCUGGAGCCAAUGGUGGAGGUGGACGAGCUGAAGCGAACACAGAAACUGACGGAAGAGUUUCUGAAAGCAGGAGGGGACGGAGAAAGACUGCAGAGAGGUCUGGAGAGGAAAGCACACAACACUGAGAACUGGUUUACAGAGGACUACGUGAAAAUGGAUUAUCUCUACAAGAGGCAUUCUGUUGUGGGUUAUUCAAAUCCUGGGGCGCUUUAUCCCGAAACAGACUACAGAGAUAAAAAGGGACAAAUAAGGUUUGCUGCCAAAUUCAUAGCAGCUACAAUGGACUUAAAAACAAUGAUUGACAAUGACACACUACCAGUUGAGUACAUGAGAGGGAAGCCAAUGUGUAUGAAGCAGUACGAGCAGUUGUUUUCAUCAUGCCGUAAGCCUGGUCUGAACAUAGACACCAUUGAGUACUACACCAGCAAACACAUCACCGUAGUACACAACGGUCAGUUCUUUGUGCUGGAAAUGUACAACAGUGAUGGGACUCUGCUGACAGUUGAUCAGCUCUGUGUUCAGCUGGAGAGGAUCUACAACUCCUCCCUACAGACCAACAUGGAGCCUGUUGGGAUCCUCACCACCCAGCAUCGUGAUGUCUGGGCCAAACACUAUACUGACCUCAUCAAGGAUAAGACCAACAAAGAGUCAGUGUCGGCUCUCGAACGCAGCAUCGUCACAGUGUGUUUGGAUGGAGCGAUGCCCCCAGCGUCUGAUAACAUGUAUCGCACCAGUGGUUUUCAUCAGGUGCUGCAUGGAGGAGGCAGCCAGUGGAACGGUGGAAACCGCUGGUUUGACAAGGGAAUUCAGUUAAUUAUUGGAGAAGAUGGGAUACAUGGUGUGACCUUCUCAAAUACUGCUGCUGAUGGUGUAGUCAUGACAUCCGUGAAUGACUUUAUAAUAGCAGCCAUGAAAAAGCCACAGGUGAUGCGAGCUACCACAGAGCCUUUACCUGAACCCCAGAAAUUACAAUUCAACCUCACACCUGAGCUCAAGAAGAACAUUGAGGAGGCCAAGCAGCACCUGAACAUACUGGUCCAAGACCUGCAAGUGUGCGCCAUGGUAUUUAAACACUACGGGAAAACUUUAAUAAAGGCCCACAAGAUGAGCCCUGAUGGUUUCCUACAGAUUGCACUACAGCUGGCCUACUACAGGAUGCACCAGAAGAUCACUUCAUCACUGGAACCUGUCUCCCUGCGUACAUUCAGACUUGGUCGUUUGAGUGUGAUGAAUACAAACACGCCUGCUGCAGUUGCCUUUGUCGUGGCCUUUGAUGAUCCCAAAAUACAGAACCCAGAGAAGGUUGAUUUAUUGGACAAAGCUAUGAAGGCGCACGUACAGAACAUUGACAUGGCAUUAAAAGGCCAGGACAUCUACUGCCACCUCUGGGCUCUAAAGCACCAGGCUGUUGAGGAGAAGAUCCCCAUGCAUGAUUUCUUCAAAGACACCAGCUUCAAAAAAAUAUUUGACUUCAAACUCGCUGGAAGUAAUAUAACAAGCAAGGCUGGAGUUAUACCAUGCUUUGGCCCUGAAGAACCUGGACAAUACGAUGUGGUCUACAGUAUGAAGAACAAUUAUAUUGAAUUUGCAUUGGGCGCUCUUAAAUCUGACAAUGUCUGCGAUGAAAGUAAUGCAGCACGUUUAGCCCAAGCCACGGAAAAUGCACUGUUGGACAUGAGGACCCUGCUGGAACAAACUACAAGAGGCUAAUCUGGAUUUAAAGUAACUAGUUCAAAACAUGCGUCAUCCGAAUCGGCCGACUGCUCAGCCUGCGGUGUUGCUGCUUGCAGCUCUGCUCAUACAAACGGGACUGUACUUAUUUUGGAUUUU